AUGAAGUGGACUGGGUUACCUGAUAUAAUCUAUCUAUCUAUCUAUCUAUCUAUCUAUCUAUCUAUCUAUCUAUCUAUCUAUUGGAUGCAAUGGAUAAAUUGCCAUCUAAAUUAUAAAAUGGCGACAAUUUGUCCAUUGCAUUCUGUAUCUAUUGCAAUCGGCUCAUAUCUAUCUAUCUAUCUAUUUCAAAAUAUCAAAUAUAAAUAUCUAUCUAUCUAUCUAUCUAUCUAUCUAUCUAUCUAUCUAUCUAUCUAUAAAUAUAUCAUAUUAUAUUCAUAUCCACCUGACUUUUUAUUUUGUGGAACUAUCUUAGUCUCUAUUCAAUAUCUAUCUAUCUAUCUAUCUAUCUAUCUAUCUAUCUAUCUAUCUAUCUAUCUAUCUAUCUAUCUAUCAUGGUCUCUAUUCAAUAUCUAUCUAUCUAUCUAUCUAUCUAUCUAUCUAUCUAUCUAUCAUAGUCUCUAUUCAAUAUCUAUCUAUCUAUCUAUCUAUCUAUAUAUCUAUCAUAGUCUCUAUUCAAUAUCUAUCUAUCUAUCUAUCUAUCUAUCUAUCAUAGUCUCUAUUCAAUAUCUAUCUAUCUAUCUAUCUAUCAUAGUCUCUAUUCAAUAUCUAUCUAUCUAUCUAUCUAUCUAUCAUAGUCUCUAUUCAAUAUCUAUCUAUCUAUCUAUCUAUCUAUCUAUCUAUCUAUCUAUCAUAGUCUCUAUUCAAUAUCUAUCUAUCUAUCUAUCUAUCAAUCAUAGUCUCUAUUCAAUAUCUAUCUAUCUAUCUAUCUAUCUAUCUAUCUAUCUUAGUCUAUUCAAUAUCUAUCUAAAUGAUUUAAAAUGUUGGGAUUUCAAAUUUCCAACUGUUAGAGCAAUAAAAUAUCUAUCUAUCUAUCUAUCUAUCUAUCUAUCUAUCUAUCUAAUUACUACUUUACAUUGA